AUGCUCGCAGGGUUGACGCCCAUGGCGGUGCUGCUGUUUUGGAAGAGUCUGGUUGUUUGCUCUGUCGCUGUUGCCAACGUCGUCAACGGUCUGCUCAACGUCCACGACCCCUGUCCACCGCUUACUGGCUCCCAAAUGCCUAUCAAACAUUUGGAAAACCAUCUCUCCCAGCAAAAGCACGUCCAAACGCUGGCAUUGUCUGCAUUGUCAGACUCGCGUUUGGGCAUCGAUGCUUCACACUACAUCCAGCACCUGCUCGACUCGCCGUCGUCGCGCGAGCCGUUGCUUGCAGCCACAGGGGGUCUCCCAUUAGCGCUCUCAUCCCGUAUCGAGGCCGACCUACGUGUCCUCGAACGACUCAACAUAAAACCCGUUUUCGUCUUCCCCGGUCUCCCUCCCAACAAGCGAUGGAAGCCCAACCCACAUCUCGAGUCUGCAGAGGCAUGCAGAGAUCGGCGCGACGCGUGGGCAAAGUAUGAAUCGGGCCAAGAAGACCAGGCCACCAAGCUGUUCGAAGGACGGAGUUGUUUCGCCCAGUGGGACCUUUGGAGGAUGAUUCUGCGGAUUUUCAGACAUAGAAAUGUCGAAUUCAUUAUUGCGCCUUAUCUCGCUUGGGCCCAGCUAAUCUACCUGCAACGUCAUAACAAGUCGUAUAUCCAUGCUAUCUACGGGCCGACGGAUACGCUGCUGUAUCCCGGGGUCGACAAAGUGAUCACACACAUCGAUCUUACCUCGGCGAACCCGACGUUCCAAUACGUUUCGAAGCGCAACAUUCUUCAAGAACUCGCGGUCAGCGAAGAUCAAUUCUUGGACAUCUGUAUUCUCGUCGGCUUCGACCACUCGCCCCCAUUCCCUCCCACCAUCCACGAACAAGCUCUCAAGGCCACUGUGGACAUGGUCAAAUACUACAAAACGGGCCACGCCGCUGUAUCAGCUUUCGCCGAACAUCCCGCGGUCAAGUCGAUCCAGUACCUGGAUCACUUUGCGCGUACACGCUCCAUGAUCAAGUUCUCGUUGAUCCUUUCCUCCGAGGGUACAGUUAUGCCGCUUCCUCUCGCCAUCCCUUCUCCAGCAGGCCAUGGGCAUCCUGGCCAUCACCACCAUCCCACCGCAGCGGACAUUCCCUCCGACCUCCACGAAAUCUUCACCCAUCGUCUACCUGACGAAGUCUUCUUCUACCUUUCCCGCGGACUUUUGGGACCCCAAGUUCUCAUCUGGCUCACCAGCGGACAAAUCGUGGAAAACCCCCCUCUCGAUAACGGCGAAACCACUGAAUAUAAGCGCUUCGUCAAGGAGGUGAUUACGGACGGCCAGACCGGUCCGCGGGCGACUGCGCUGGCCCUCGUUAGUGGCGUCUCGCAGUCGUUCUGGGCCAAUCGGAAGGUGCAAGGCCUCUUCUGGUUUGAUCAGCCCAGCGCGCACGGGGGAGGGUCUAAAUUUAUCGCCCACAACUCGGCGCAGACCACGCAGUUGGUUGAGCGCGUGGGUGGCUGGAACGUCCCUUAUCCCAUCAUUGAAGAAGAGCUUAGGAGGCAGAACUCUUCGACUAUUGAUUUUGCGCUGUGCUUGGGAGCGACUGCUACGGAUCGAUUGGCGGCACGCACGAAGGUCAAGAACCCGAACUCUGCGCCACUCGAGAAGAAGGAUGAAGUGGUGGCCAAUGUCAUCUGGCGAUUCUUGGAACUGAGAGGGUUCUUGCUCAACACACAUACGCAUUCCGCGUUGGCACGUGCGAUGUACACCGCGAUCAAGCAGGCGCGUGUUAACGACAAGUUCCAAGAUCCUCUCUACCUCUUUUUGGAGCUCGUUCGAGCGGGUGUGAUGCACGGGCACUUGUGGUCGGGCCGAGCCUUCAGCGGAGGGCCCAGCUUUGGCGUCGAGGACGAGAAGGCGUCCAUGUUGCUCGUGAUGCGGGUGCUGAGCAUAGUUCCUUUGAGCUUCAAGGCCCAAGCCUGGUCGGCGCCCUUGUCGCGGGAGCUGCUUGUCUUCAAUUCGUUUGUGCGAUCGCUCACACGGGCGCUACGUACGCUUCUGGAAGUGACUUCGUUGAAUAUGUUGCUUCGGAACGAUGCUCGACGGGCGAGGGACGAUCUGUUGGAUAUCACGCUCUCCUUGCCCUUCCAGACGGAAGUCAACACCGGGUUUGGCGUAUUGGCCAAGGUGUAUCUCGACGCUCUCACCCAUAUCAAUAACCGGACUCGCGUGAGGGAUCCGAAUGCCGAGGGUGUGAAGGAGGCCAAGCAGCUUGCUUUGGAGAUCUGCGAAGACACUUUCCCCGGUGUCAAGAACCCCAAGCUGGAGGUUGAACGAGGCUUUAGGUUCUGGGAUGUGGCGCUUACGGCGAUGCGUCAACUGCACUCUGAGGGAGCUGUGCUCCGCGAGUUGAUUGACCAAUUUGAGGCGGCUGAAGCUUGGCUGGCCCCUAUGCGACCGUGA